GGCUCGCUUCGAGGUGGGAUUGAACGAUGUGAAAAGUGAUUGCACCAGUACGGGAAAAUCCUCCCCAAAGACAAGGACCGUAUCUCCCACCAUGUCUCGGGUUCUAAACAUUAUUUUGCUCUGCUCACUGGUUGUUUCACAUUUUUUUAACCCCGUGCAACCCCGCGUCUGUGAAUUACCCGAAUGCGAAGAAGCUGCAUGGUCUCUACUGACCUCUCUCGACGUUGAGCAAGACCCUUGCCAGGACUUCUUUGAGUUUGCAUGUGCCAAGCAGCUUAACAGUUUGAAACAACAACAAAAAGUCGAAGGCUUUAUGCCCACCACAACCUUCACAAAACGUCUUCAUGAUCUGAGGAAAACGAUUAAAAAAGAAUUGGCUCAACCUUAUAAUCCAACGGAAAAUCGUGCCAUUGGUUUAGCAAAGACAUUCUGGCAAAGCUGCCUUAAAACCCAUCCAGAAGAAGCUUUAGAAGCGGUCCGAAUAGUGCUUCGACGACUGGGAGGAUGGCCAGUAAUCGAAGAUAAUUGGCAAGAGGAACACUUUACAUGGGAAAAGUUCAGCAAGUGUGCUCGUUUAAUUGGAUUUCUACCGAGGAUGUUCAUACAUGUCGGCAUCAAUUACGACCACAUCGAUAAACCAUGGAGUCCCAACGACACCAUUGCCUUAACGGUGGACAGGGCAAAGUGGAUGUUCAGAAAAAAUGACAUCAUGAAGAGAGAAGAUCAAGUUGAUGAUUACGUGCAAAUAGCUGAGAAAAUAUCAGAAUCCCCGCAAAACGAGAGACGACCUCCGAUUAGUUUCGAUGACAUUAUACAGGCUGUAAACUUCGGCAAGCAGUUAUAUAUGUUGACGCACGGAAUGGAACCACCGGUACUUGAAUAUAAAGAGAUGACGAUAGCGCAAUUGCAGAAGGAUUAUCCUAUCGUAGAUUGGAUGGACUAUAUAAGGUCCAUGUUAACGAAAGAUCAAGCGAAUUAUUUGUCAGACAGGAACUGCGUUAUAGCAGAAAUUUGUUUCCUCUCGCAGAUUGACGGUCUCCUUAAGAAGACAAGCAAAAGGGUACUGGCCAACUAUGCAAUGUUAUCAAUUAUCGAUGACCUCUUUUCGAAAACUAGACCUCUAAUGCCGCUGGCACUUUCUAAAACUCGAUCCCAAGUCCAUAAUAUUUGCUUCGCAACUAUUACGUCCGUCUUUGGAAAAGCCCUAGACAUGAUGGUGGCCAGGCUAUCAGGAUAUGAAAUAAAGAGGAAGGUGACUGACGUCCAAAAUGAUAUAGCCCAACAGGCUCAUCAGUUAUUUCAGACAGUUCCAUGGAUGGAUCAUCCAACCCAAUUGCAGGCCAAGAAAAAGUCGGACAGAACGACUUUUGUGAACGUAUAUGAGGAAGGCAUAUUCGACGACAACUACUAUGACCGUCUUCAGUUUAGCAAACCAGAGGCCAUACUUGUGCUCUUUCGUGAGCUGAAUCAUUUCUUAGUGGAUCGCUACUAUCUUCAAUUGGGUCGUCCACGGAAUCAAUACCUUUUCCGUAAAAAUGAGAGUUCCGAAGUUUCAGCGAUUUUUAAGAAACCUUUCGCUGCAAGGGAAGUCCUGGUAACACCGGACAGGGUCAGAAACGAAGUCUAUAUCCCUGCGGGAGCUGUAGGCAAAUACAAAUUGAGUCUAAAAUCGGAAUUGGAUUUCUUAAAUUUUGCCGCGGUCGGUUUGCAAAUUGGAGCAGCAAUGGGCCACCAUUUGUAUGGGCAAGGUGCCUUCAUCGAUUGGAACAACAAUUGGCGAAUUAAUUCUUGGUGGACACCCGAAACACAAAAACAAUACUCAUUGCGUACAGCCUGCAGUUCAGUUGGUCCACUUGAACCUACUGACAUAUUGGCACCAAGUUUUGCAUAUCUCGGCGGUGCAGAAAUCGCUUACAAAGCCAUGUUCGACGCUAACCCACCAAAAGCUUGCAAUACGACUCUUCCAGGAUUAAACUAUUCGACGAGACAACUAUUCUGGAUAGCAUCCGUGGCAACGGAUUGCGACAGUCACUUGAAAGACCGAUAUAACAAUAUGGUAAUGCACAAUUGCCACUUUGCAGAAGACUUUAAAUGUGCAGAAGGAACUCCAAUGAAUCCCAUUCCUAAAUGCACAAUGUGGGUGUGAAAUAUUCGGAUAUUUGCAUUGAAUUCCUUUCCUAAAAGUUUGAAAAAGAAUGAUGGAUUCAAUGAAGGCC